UUUGUGGAGGAAGGCUGCGUGUUGAGGUGAAAGCGGCAGCAGGCAGCUUGAAGUUUGGUAAGCAAGUCGUCGAACCGAAUCGGCAGAACUACGGUUUGUUUCCAACUUCCCGAGUUCGAUCUCGAAGCCGAUAACGUGUGCGGAGCUGUUCAACACCUCCCCUCCCCUCCUGCUUCGUCCUCUUUCCAACUCUUUGAAGAAGACGACACGGGUUAAAGAGGUAGCGCCCCCCGCUACCCACCUUGCACCGCUAGACGUGUGCUUGGGCCCCGUCUUCGACCGUUUACAGACUUUUAUCACACGUCAGCUUCUGUUUGGAUUAGCAGUCUGCAGCCAUGGGGUGGAAGGGCACGAAGCAGGAGAAGAAGGAGGCGUAUGACAAGAAGCUGUGCGACCUGCUGGACGAGUACCAGCAGAUCUUCAUCUGCAUUGCGGACAAUGUCGGUUCCCAGCAGCUGCAGAACAUCCGCCGGGGGCUGCGCCCUGACUCGACGGUGCUCAUGGGCAAGAACACCAUGAUGAAGCGCUCAGUGCGCGCACACGCCGAGAAGACCGGCAACGACGCCUUCCUGGAGCUCGUGCCCCUCCUUGUGGGCAACGUGGGCCUGAUCUUCACCAAGGGCGACCUGAAGGAGGUGCGCGACGAGAUUGCCAAGUACAAGGUCGGGGCGCCCGCGCGUGUGGGGCUCGUGGCCCCCAUUGACGUCGUCGUGCCCCCCGGCAACACCGGGCUGGACCCCUCGCAGACGUCCUUCUUCCAGGUGCUCAACAUCCCCACCAAGAUUAACAAGGGUACCGUCGAAAUCGUGGCGCCCGUCGAGCUGGUCAAGGUGGGUGAGAAGGUGGGCUCCUCGGAGGCGGCGCUGCUGGCCAAGCUCAACAUCAGGCCCUUCAGCUACGGUCUGAUUGUCCACAAGGUGUACGACGCCGGCAGCACGUUUGACCCCAAGGUGCUCGACCUGGAGGACGACCAGCUCGUGUCCGCAUUCCAGGCGGGCGUCGCCAACGUAGCGGCCCUGUCGCUUGCGGCCAACUACCCCACGCUGGCCUCGCUCCCGCACUCCAUCGUCAACGCGUACAAGAACGUGCUCGCCAUCGCCGUCGAGACCGAGUACUCGUUCCCGCUCGCCGAGCCUGUCAAGGAGUUCCUCAAGGAUCCUUCCAAGUUCCUGGCGGCCGCCGCCGCUUCUGCCCCUGCGGAGUCGGCGUCGGACAGCAAGGCCGAGGAGAAGAAGGAAGAGAAGGUGGAGGAAGAGGAGGAGGAGGAUGAGGACAUGGGCUUCAGCCUGUUCGAUUAGGCCCAGCAAACUAGAGAAGCGGGUUCGUGGGCGGAUUGUCGGCUGGACUGGACAAAGUGUGGUUGGGAGAAGUGAAGGGGAUUUUUGGGCGUUAUGAGUGGGUGGUGGUUCGGUUGGAAUGCCAUGUCCGGUUCAACCUGUGUAUUUGCCGUGCUGUGCAUGUUUCGAUCUGGUCUCCAUGUGUACAUGGAGGCGUGAAGGAUGAUCCGAUCUGUGGUGCACUUGUCAAACGGUUGCAUGCUACAGCUGCGGGCCAGAUCGACACAUGCAAAACUAUGACCUGGAAAGCAUGGACAUUGUUAGACAACGUGCCAAGGCAGGAAUUUGCAAACACCCCGUUUAUGGUGGAGCAGGCAGAAGUCUCUCCACCUACUCGCAUAUCUGUUGGCCAUGACGAUGGUAGCGCCCUUGAGAAUAGUGG